AUGAAACGGCUGUUGAACAUUGGGCGUGCUCAGCCUCCCGAGGACCCUCAGAAGUGGGUCCCCAUUCUUGGAGAGCUACAGAAGACCCUCCAGAAGGGCGAGUACCUGCCCCUUCGCCCGCUGCCCAUGUUCGAGAGUAACUUUGUCCAGGUGACCAAUCAUGGGGCUCCUGCGUUCGUGCACCACAGAACCAACAAGCUGACUAUGGCUGUCGCGGCCUCCUUGCCUGGCCUAGUGAUGCCUGACAUUCUGUUACUUGCUCAGCCCCCCGAGGACAGGGACUGCGAAAAUCUCAACCUCACCAGGAUGAUCCCGCUAGACCUUGCCCACCUCUAUGUCCACGAUCUGCCCAGCUGGCGCCUGAAGCUGAGGCUGAUCACUGGCCGCUACUAUUACCUGGAACUGGAUGCCCCUGACCAUGAGCUGGCCUUUCUGUUUGACCGCUGGAUUCGCCUCAUCAACCUGCUUCACCAGCCUACCUUAUCCUGGGCACCCAGGACCAUGGACACGCCCCCCCUGGACACACCCCUAGACGGAGCACCAGCCUCCACCUGGUGCCUUCAGGCCCAGCCUCCAGCCGGAUUAACAGUUCAAGUUACAGAGCGCACCUUUCCUUAUAAAAUAUUCUCUUCUCAAAAACAAAGAAAGGCCAAGGUGAGGCAGCCAGUGUGUAUGGUCAAGCACACCCUCAGGUCUCAGGCUGUCGGGGACUCUGUGCCUCUCAUCUGGUCACAGCUGGAACCUCUUGAGGAUCAGAUGAAAGUUGCAGAAAAGAAGUCCUGCCUAGAUCCCUGUGCUGACAGCUCCGACACAGUGAUCCAGGUUUCUGACAAGGACAGCAUCACCAUCCGAACCAUCUUCAGCAUCAUCUCUGGCACGUUGCACCAGGAACACAGAUCUGAUUCUGAGGAUACCAUGGGCCGGGGAGGUCUAAUUGAGACACCCACACAGUGUAUCUCUCACAAAAACGCUGAUUUGCCUUUCAUGGACUCCUGUGACAUGGACACCUUCAUGUGGUCCAGAGACCUUGAAGACCUCAUAGACACCGAAUCCACCAGUCUGUCUUCCUCCUUGCACACGUAUACUUACCCUCCUGCCUUCUAUGUGAUUCCACCUGGCCCCUCCUGCCCAAAGUCCAAAGACAAGGCCAGGCCCAUAGGCUCAACAAAAUAUCUGGGGACACUGUCCUGCAAGAAGGCUCCAUCUGCCCCAGCCACAACACGGAAAACACCAUUCAUUUUGGACAAGUCUACUAAGGUACAGGCUGAGCCUGCUCCAGCUCGGAAGGUCCCAGAUGCACUACGGUCAACCCAGAAGUCUUCAGCCCCACCCUGCCUCUCCCAUAAGGCUCCACCUUCUAUUCCCCAGAAGGUCCCACCUGUUCCUGGACCCCCCCCGAAGGCCCCAGUUCUAAUUGUCUCACCCAAUAAAAAUUUAUCCCCAAUUCAGAAGCUUCCACAAGCACCUGCAAGUUCCCAGAAAGCCAUGCCCCCAAAGAAGGACUGUCUAUCACUAAAUGCCCAAUUUCAGAAGGCUCCAACUGCCCAAUUGCAGAACGUUCUCAACACACAGGCCAAGGCCCCUGUGGAUCCUACCAUGCUACUGGUAGGAGACAUGCUUCAAGAAAAGCCCAAAGGGAAACAGGAACCAGUGAUGUUCGUGGAAGGGCAGAAGACAAAAGUGGUAGACAUGAGGGCUCAGACCAUGUCCUCGCGUCUGUCCUCUACCACUAACAAAAAGAAAUCCAAGGAAAUCUUGAUUAGCAAAAUGCAGGAGGUCACUCUGGAGGCCUUGAAGGGCAGGGAGAAGUCGGAAGACAGGGCCCACAAGAUGGAAGAGGAAACAGCUGUGAACUUGCCUGAUCUGAAGCCCAAGGAGAUAGAGAUGCAGGAGAAAUGGGUCUUGGCUGAGGAGGUAGGUCUUGAGGGCCCCCGCACAGAGGACAACAGGCCCUUCUCUGUGGAGGGGCUCACCCUUGCCAAGAUGAUGAUCAUAGCCAACUCCAAACACCAAUACCUGAAGCCAGCUACUGUGUCUCUGCCCUCCUGGUUCUCUAUGACUUCCAGAGGAUCUGCCAUGUCUGUGUUGGCCAAUUUGCCCCUUAACAUCAGCCAGAUGCACUUGACAGAGGCUACACAAGUAGUGCUCAAGGAACAAUCAGAGUCCAGUGCUAAUGUGAAGGAGGAGAACACACAGCCCCAGAUGAAGGGGAAGCCAGGUGAAGACUCGCUGAGCACUUCCAAGGAACCCACAACUGAGUUGUCAACGACUUCCAUAUCCGUCUUACGGAAGACACCUGAAAUGUCUACGCUUCCCAUUACCAUGACUAGCCCAAGUUCGGAGGACAUGUCACAGCCAAUAACAUCCUACACAACAUUCUCCACCUCUGUGACAGAGACCUUAGACAAGAAGUCCCAAAGGCCUGGAGUAAAAUACCACGAACUCAAGAAGGCACAAACACAAGAGCAUCCUCUGGCUGUGAAAGGGUCAACCUUAGAAAGUCUUUUUCCCACUGUCUUGGAAAAGGAGAAUAAGAGAAAAACACCCAGGAAGGCUGAGGAGCUAUAG